GCAAACACUUUCAUUUUCAUAUUCCUCGUAUCCAUGAAGACUGUUGCUGUACAUUUGAUCAACCACACUCAGAGAAAAUCUCACAGCCUUGGAGAAGGACAUAAGAGACCAGGCAGGAAGCCAGUCCAUCCACCAUAAACAGCAAAAGCAGACAGAGAACCCCAAUGGACUCAGCCCUAAAGGUCCACAUGCCAGAGCCCCUGUGUCUCAUUGAGAAUGUGAAAGGACUACUGAGGCCUAAUCAGAAGGCCCUGGAGAUCCUGUCAGCCAUCACACAGCCGGUGGUGGUGGUGGCCAUCGUGGGUCUCUACCGCACAGGCAAAUCCUACCUGAUGAACAAGCUGGCUGGGAAGAACACAGGCUUCUCUCUGGGCUCCACAGUGCAGGCUCACACCAAAGGAAUCUGGAUGUGGUGUGUGCCUCAUCCCCACAAGAAAGACCACACACUUGUGCUGCUUGACACUGAGGGCCUGGGUGAUGUUGAGAAAGGAGACAACCAGAAUGACUGCUGGAUAUUUGCCCUGGCUAUACUUCUGAGCAGCACCUUCGUGUACAACAGCAUGGGAGCCAUCAACCAGCAGGCCAUGGACCAGCUGCACUACGUGACAGAGCUGACAGAUCGAAUCAGAGCAAGGACCUCACCUGACCAGGAAGAUGAGAUGGAGGACUCAGCAGAGUUUGUGAGCUUCUUCCCUGACUUCGUGUGGAGCCUGAGAGACAUGACCUUGAAGAUGGAAGUAGAUGGAGUCCAUGUCACAGCAGAUGAGUACCUGGAGAAUUCACUGAAGCUCAAAGAAGGUACCUGCAAAGAAGUUGAAAAAUACAACUUGCCCCGACUCUGUAUUCGGAAGUUCUUUCCAAAGAAGAAGUGUUUUGCCUUCUACCCACCCACCGAGUGGAAAAAGCUCUCCCAGCUGGAGACACUGCAAGAAAAUGAGAUCGAUUCUGAUUUUCUGAAGCAAGUAACAGAAUUCUGUCUGUACAUCUUUAACCAUUGCAAAGCCAAAACUCUUCCAGGAGGCAUCCCUGUCAAUGGCCCACGACUAGAAAGUCUAGUGCUGACCUAUGUUGAAGCUAUCUGCAGUGGAGACCUGCCCUGCAUGGAGAAUGCAGUCCUGGCAUUGGCAACAAUAGAGAACUCAGCUGCAGUGCAAAAGGCCAUUACCCACUAUGACCAGCAGAUGAGCCAGAGGGUGCAGCUGCCCACGGAGACCCUCCAGGAGCUACUGGAUCAGCACAGGACCUGUGAGAGAGAGGCCAUAGAAAUCUUCCUCAGGACUGCCUUUAAAGAUGAAGACCACUCAUUUCAAAAGGAAUUGGGGUCUCAGCUAGAAGAAAGAUGGGAUGACUUUUGUAAACACAAUCUGGAAGCAUCAUCAAACCAUUGUUGGACAUUGCUUCAGGAUAUCUUCAGACCUCUUGAAGAAGGUGUGAGUCAAGGCAUGUAUUCUAAGCCUGGAGGUUACUUCCUCUUUGUUCAGGACACACAAAGACUGAAGAAUAAGUACUACAGAGAACCAAAGAAAGGCAUACAGGCUGAAGAGGUUCUACAGACAUACAUACAAUCCAAGGAGGCUGUUUCUAAUGCAAUUUUACAGACAGAUCAGAGUCUGACCGAAAAGGAAAAGGAGAUUGAAGGUAAGAAAUGA